AUGAAACUUACAUAUAAUCAAGUAAAAACCAAAAUUCACGGAGUUCCCCUUCAGUAUAUUGCUGAAUUAAAUAAAAUUAAAAAAUCUAAGUCAACAGGUGUAUCUCCAGAUGAUUUGUACACUCCAAAGCUUUGGUGUUUUGAAAUGCUGGGAUUCCUUUCCGAUUCGGCUGUUAUUACCUCUAGAGGAGAAUCUAAUUUGAAUUUGGAGGCAGUUCUUAAAGACUUCAAGGAUGUAUCCCAGGUUUAUAUAGAAGAGGAAGACACACAGCAAGAUGAAGAAGAUGAAAUAUGUUACCAAAUAUAUGAAAAAGACGUAACUGAAAUGGACUCAAAAAUUAUUUUGAUCAGGAUAUCAGUGAUGUUUCCGUUCCUUUUUCUCUUUCCUUAUCGCGACCUUCCUGUUCUACAUCCCGAACACCAGCUUUAG